UUUGAGACCACUGAUUUACUAUUAAAGCGUGAAAGAAACUAUGAGCAUGCAUGUUUUAGUUAUGUCUUCAGUUAAGUCGUGAAGUUACCAAAACCCCAGAACUGUCUCCUUCAUCUAACAAACCCAAUUCAACUUGUCAGAUCAGUCAAGACUUUAAGACCUGAAGUGGGUCAGAAAAGAGUCAUCAUUCAACAUUGAGGAUAUUAUGAAGACUCCAGAAAGCCCAGGCAGGCGGGCAGAACCGAAACCAGCAGAGCUGUUAAUCAAACUCAGGAAGCUGCAACAAGCUAAGAAGAACCUUGAGGAUGAAGUGAAGGAAAUUACACUCCUCAGAUGUACUAGGAAGGAGGAAGAGGAUGCAUUAACUGCUGAAGCCCUACAGUUGGAGGGUACACUGAAUGAAAAGGAAGAGUUAAACAGAUCUCUGCAGCUCAAAUGUGAGGACCUCCAGCUGGAGGCACAAAGGCAGCUUGAGCAGAACCAUCAGAAAGAGGAAGCAGUAAAGCAGUGCUGCUUUCAGAUUCAGGAGACCAAACUGAAGCACAGAAAGAUUCGGAUGAAGUUUGAGAAUCAGCUUCAGCAUUUAAUGGAGCAGCAUAAAAACCUGUCCAAUGUCUUUACUCCAAAAAGACUUCCAGCAGAAAUACAGUCUGCAGAGUAUACCACUGAGCAGUUGCUGAAGGCUGAACAACAGAAGCUGGAGCAGUUGACCAAGCUUCUGGAUGGGUUAAGCUGCACCCAGAACGCAGAGAUGUGCAUGGACACUUGUGACAAUGCAUCAUGAAUAUCUCAAACAGAUUUUGCAAACUUGAGCUGAGUAUGUAAUUACUUCCAACAAAUAUGAAUAUUACAAAGAAGCGGCAUAUAUAUUAUUUCCAAUUCUGUUUCAUUGUUCUAAUUUAACUGGUUACCAACUGUACUGUCAAAAAAUAUUUGUGAACAUAUACUGUUGAUCAAAUCAUCUUGUAUGUUGAAUAUAAAAGUUUCUAAAUCAUUUAUUUAGAAUUUCUACGUCACAAUAAUAAAAGUUUGUAAACAAGUCCAAAUUCCCCAAAAUUUGCAUUUAUAAACAACAAAAAAAGUACUGAUGACACUCGAUCAAAAAACUCUAUCAUUAAUUCCAACGUACUUCUAGAUCAGAUAUUCCUCAUUAGAUCAGCUUCCAGUCUCCAUGAAUCAGUCCUAUGACACAUCCAGCAGGGAACUCUGGGAAAUUUUUGGUAACAGUAAUACCGGUCUGUCUUAAAUUUUGCAUUGACAAAGUACAGGCUAAAGCCCAGUCCUGAGAAUAUCCUUAUCAACCUUAUAUUUUAUGGUUUCUCCUGACAACACAGUUCAUGCAGGAAUGUACAUGUGUAGUAUGUCUGAAACUAUUAUACUGCAAGUUCUGAUUGCUAAUGAAAUUAAAAUGCCACCACUAACAUCACUUUCUCAGCUUUCAGUUCAAUUUCUUGAUAGCAAAAUGUUGAUAGAGGGAAAAAAAAUUAAUGAACAGGCUUCCUUUUAUUUUCAGACAUCCCAUAAAUACUUUCAAUAGUUUCUGUGUUCUUUCCCUUUAAAAGUACAAUAGUUGUCUACCAACUAUCUCUGGUUUUCUUUAUGCCUGUGAUCCAUUGGCACGGUCACCACCAAAGCAUAAUUUCAGCAUUGACAUAUCCUGGGGUGUUUGUGUGAUGUACUUUAAAGAGGGUGUGUUUUGGUGCCUUCAGAGUAGCAUAUCUCAGUUUCUGCCCAGACAUGUUAAUUUCCUUUGGAAGUUGGAAAUAGUGUUCACUUGUACAUACACAUCAUAACUAUAAGGUCAGUUAGAAAAAGGUAGAGCUGAGACAAUCCUCUUGAAGUCUUAACCCUCCUUUGUCCUGAUUCGUAUUUCUAUGUUCUGCAGGAAUAGUGUGUGGUUACUGUUAUGAGGUAUGCUCUCAUGCCAUAUAAGGGAAAAGUAAAUCAUCUGUGGGCUCAGAUUGGCACAAAGCAAGGAAUAUUCCUCCUGCUGCAGCAAGAAUCCUCAUAUUUGAGGUUGAGCUAUUUUCGUGGUCUGUUUAUAUGAGAUCCGUGGACCAUGUAGAUUACUAGUCAUUUAGUAGAUGUUUUUAUGUGAAGCGACUUAUUUGCUCCUCUUUGUUUGUUCACAGGAGUAUUGGGGUUGUUUGGUA